UUACACAAGUAAAUUGGACUUAUCCAUUAAAUUUCCAUUGCAAAUACAAAGAACCCUUCUCUCUCCAAUUAUAUACCUAACAACAUACAAACUCCAUAUCACACUACUCACUCACCGAUUCAUAAACGGUGCCCCAAACACACAUACCUCACAACACUUCACCAAAAAAAAAUUCUUCUUAAAAAAACCUCUUCCUAGAUUCUUGUUCCAACAAAAAACAACAACAUGAAAUUCUACAACCGCAGGUUGCUCCUACAGGACGAGGAUGUUCCAAUCUCAACACCCCCUCAAAUCCAACCCAGCAACUCCAAAACCGCAUCCUCACCGUCCCUUCCCACCAUUCCAUCUUCCAGAGCAAUCACAAGUCCUUUACAGUUACCACUACCGUUAAACCCGAUUUUCUCUUCCAAAGUAGCUUACUCCUGCCUCCUCCUCUUCUCCACCUUUUUCUUCGCUGCCUUCGUCAUCUUAUCGAUCCGUGAAGUCUCAUCCCGGCGGCGGCGUAGUCUCCCUCCGCGACGGGGGUUGGAUGCCGCCGCCGUGAAGGCUCUGCCGGUGUGUUCGUACGAGGAGGAUACGAAACAACCGGACUGUGCGAUUUGUUUGGAGGAGUUUGAAGACAGUGAUGAAGUGAAGAUGAUUCCGUACUGUAAGCACGUGUUUCAUCCUAAGUGUAUUGACGCGUGGCUUUCUGCACACGUGACUUGUCCUAUUUGCAGGUGCGUUAUUAAGGUGUGCGGUGGGAAUGUGGAUCAAGAUGAUGGAAGAUCAACGGUGGAUGAUGGAAGUUGAAUUAGUAGCAGAGAAGAUCAACGGUGGAGAAUGAAAGAUGAAUUAGUAUUAGGGAAGAUCAACGGUGGCGAAUGGAAGUUGAUAUAGUAUUAGGGAAGAUCAACGAUGGAGAUUGGAAACUGAAUUAGUAUUAGGGAAGAUCAACGGUGGAGAAUCGAAUCGAAAUUGAUAUAGUAUUUGGGAAGAUCAACGAUGGAGAAUGGAAGAUGAAUUAGUAUUAGGGAAGAUCAACGGUGAAGAAUGGAGGUUGAUGUAGUAUUAGGGAAGAUCAACGAUGGAGAAUGGAAGAUGAAUUAGUAUUGGGGAAGAUCAACGGUGGAGAAUGGAGGUUGGUGUAGUAUCAGGAACUGUAGUAUUGGGUAUUAAAGCCAUUGUUACUCCUAUUAAUUUAGUUUGAGUCAAUAUAAUCCUGUGUUUGAGGCUUUGAGCAGUUAUUAAUUUAUCAUUAAUUCUCUUAAUUGUCAUUAUUUUAAGAAUAAAUUAGUAUUUUACUA